AUGGAAAGAGAUGAUCAUAUGGAGGCAAUUGCAACGAGAUUCUCAUCAAGGAGAUUGAGGAUUGUCACUCUAGCAUUGAGGGUCACCACCAUCAUUCUUCUAGUCACAUCGCUGCUAAUUCUGGUUACCAAUGUUUUGAGGGUGCCAUAUGGAGACGAUCAAGUCUCAACUAUCCGAUUUUAUGACGUUAAUGGAUUUAAGUACAUGCUUUACAUAAUUAUCAUCGUAAUAGGAUAUUCAAUGUUGCAAAUUGUCUUCGUACUUCUUCAGAUGAAAGACGUCAUGAGUAGUGACCCCCACUUAAUAUGUGUCUACUAUGGUGAAUGGGCAUCAUCGAUUCUAUUGAUUUUAGGUGGUAUUGCAGGAUAUUGUUCGACCAAAGAAUAUAAAAAAUGGGUAUCUGAUAUGGCAAUAAGUUAUUCUUCAGAGUACGACCAUUAUUUUCAAAAGUCAUAUGCAUCAGCAACCUUGUUACUCUUGGCUUUCGUUUCCACUUUUAUAACAUCAGUCAUCUUUUCGUGCUUACUAUCCAAUACGCUUACUUCCGAUGUUACUCUUAGAAAGAAUUCAUCUAAGGUUAAUGCUAUUGUCGAUGACCCUUAA